UGUUGUAGUUUAUUUCAUACUAUAAAAAGAAAAAGUUUUUAAAAAAUGGAUUAUUCAAAGUUGAGGGUUAAUACCAAAGUUAAGAACGACAGCUUAGAGUUGGAUGAGCCAGUAAGUCCAACUACUGAAUACUUUUUGAGUGAGGUGGUAACACUCUACGUUCUUGGUUUUAUGGAGCUGGAAAUUCCUGUUGAUUUUUCAACCAUCUUUGCUUUCAUCAAGGAUGUCUUCGCUAAAGCUCAUCCCCGUUUCUCUUCUAUUGUGAUUGAAGAUCGAAACGGGAAGAAAAUGUGGAAGAAAGUAGAAGUGAAUGUGGAAGAUCAUAUAAAAGUACCAAAUUUCCCAGAAGAUUUAUCCGCAGAAAGUUAUAAGGACCAUUAUGAUGAUUACAUAUCAUCUAUAUCUACUUCACAACUUCCGCAACACAAACCUUUGUGGGAAAUUCACAUUAUCAACAACCCAAAACACAUCGAUGCAAAAGGAGUUUUCUUAUUCAAAGUUCAUCAUGCAAUUGGUGAUGGUACUUCUCUCAUGGGAGUUUUUCUCUCUUGUGUUAAACGAGUCGAUGAUCCUACACUACCUUGUACUUUCCCUGCAAAAAGUACUUCGAGUACCCUUCAAAGGAAGAUGUCUAACACGAAGCAAAUUGUAAUGAACAUGUUCAAUAUUUUUCCCAGAUUUAUAGCUCCUAUCAUCUAUUCAUUGUAUGAUUUUGGACAAGGUGUUGGAUCAAUAUUUAUUGAAGAUGAUCUAACCCCGAUAAGGUCGGGAAAUGUAGACACGAGUCUUCCAGGUUCUUCUAGAGUUUGCUCAAUGACAUUUUCUCUCCAUGAUGUCAAAAGAAUCAAGACCCUUCUUGGAGUGACUAUAAAUGAUAUCAUUGUUGGGAUGAUCUUUCUUGGAACUCAAUUGUACAUUCGAGAAAAAGACCCAGGACAACUAAAGGAAAAACAAUCGACAGCUUCGAUAUUUGUCAACGUUAGGAGUAUGAAGGGAAAUUUUAGCGCAGAAGAGAUGCGCCAAGGAAAGACAUUUGGAAAUAGAAUUACAAAUAUUGAAGUACCAUUCCCAAAUUUGGAGGAUGAUGAUCUUAUAAAGCCACUCCAAUUUAUCAAGAAAGCACACAAUAUUAUCAAAAGGAAGAGGAAUGGUGCACUUGGUCUCUAUCUCAUGGCUAGCCUGCUUGAGGUUAUAAGGACAAUUGGAGGCCUUAAGGCUGCUGCACGAACACUUGAACGAAGAUGGAAGAAUUGUAGCUUUGCAAUCACGAAUAUGAUUGGGCCAACUGACCAAGUUAGCUUUGGAAACCACCCUAUCAAUGGCUUUUACUUCGUACCAACUGGAAUUAAUAUGAGUUUAGUAGUGUCUGUGCUGACCUAUAUGGAUAAUAUAAGACUUGGUUUUGUUGUUGAGAAUGGCUUCAUUGAUCCUCAAAAGUUUAUGCCGUGUGUGGAAAAGGCGUUUCAAUUAAUCUUCGAAGCUACAACAGCUACUUCAAAAUUAUGAAUAUGUUUUAUAUAUUUAAGUGUAUACGAAGUAUAUAGAAAACACUCUACUCUAUUUAAGUUUUAAAUUUUUUCUUUUUUGUACUCAAUUGGUUUAAGUUUUUCGUGCUACCCACCAAAAAUAAAUAUGAAAGGGUUCAUAAAUAUAAUUAAUCGGGAGAAAGUUUGUGUAUAAGUAAUAAUUUACAGCUUUAUUAUAUAUAUGAAUGUAAGUUUUGUAACUUUUUUACUCUUUAUUUAUAAACCGUAUGUUGAU